CACACACACACACAUUGAUGGAUUCUAGAUUGUCCGUGCCACUCUUCAUUAGGCUACUUUUGAUUUCUGCAACAGCCUCUUCAGUCAACCUGGAGGGGGAACUCUUCAAAGAGCUGAUGAAGGGCUACAACAAGAACGUGCGUCCCAUGGAGAAGAGCGGGGAUGUGACGCGGGUGUACAUCAAGAUGACGCUGACCAACCUCAUCUCCCUGAAUGAAAAAGAGGAAGCUCUGACGACGAGUGUUUGGAUCCAACUGAAAUGGUGCGACUACAGACUGAGGUGGGACCAACCACCCAGGUCAGCACGGUACAAGAACUUGACUUCUGAGCUCCGCGUGCCCUCAAAGAGCAUCUGGCUGCCUGAUGUCAUCUUGGAGAACAAUGUGGACGGACAGUUUGAAGUGGCGCUCUACUGCAACGCUCUGGUGUCUCCUAAUGGCUGCGUGGAAUGGCUGCCACCCGCCAUCUAUCGCAGCGCUUGUGCCAUAACGGUCAACUAUUUCCCCUUCGACUGGCAGAACUGCACCAUGGUGUUCCGCUCCCAGACCUACAGUGCCCAGGAGAUUGAGCUGGUUCUCAAAGAGGAGGACAAUCGCACGCUAGAGUGGGUCGAUAUUGACCCUGAAGCUUUUACAGAAAAUGGAGAGUGGGCCAUCAAACACAGGCCAGCUAAGAAGGUGAUUCACAACCAGUAUACAAAAGAUGACCUGGAGUACCAGGAAGUGGUCUUCUUCCUCAUCAUCCAGAGAAAGCCUCUUUUCUACAUCAUCAACAUCAUCGCUCCGUGUGUGCUCUUCUCCUCUCUCUGCCUGCUGGUGUACUACCUCCCUGCUAAAGCCGGUGGCCAAAAGUGCACCAUGUCUAUCGCCACUCUUCUGGGCCAGACUGUGUUCCUCUUCCUCAUCGCCAAGAAGGUUCCAGAGACCUCAAAGGCAGUUCCUCUUAUUGGAAAGUAUUUGAUGUUCGUGAUGUCGGUGACCACCAUGGUGGUGAUGAACUGCGUGAUCGUCCUCAACGUUUCCCUGAGAACUCCAAGCACUCACAUAAUGUCGGACAGAGUGAGGAAGCUCCUUCUGAACGUUCUGCCUCGACUGCUGAGGAUGCGAAUGCCGCCGUGGGCGCCCAAUGACCACGCCUCCUCUGAAGCCUGCGCCGCCGACGCCCCGAACAGCAAUGGCGACGCUGGAGUCGAUGACGGGCAGAACGUGCUUUUGGCCCCCUGCCGACGCCGCAGCUCGAUGAUGCUCAUCAACAAGGCGGAGGAAUAUACUCUAAAAACAGCUCGGACGGAGCUCAUGUUUGCCCGACUCAAAGAGAGAAAGGGACUGAUGAAGUCAGUGUUUGAGAAGUUGAACAAGGGCCUGGAGGAAGGAACGUCCGAAAAGCUUGGCUACAGUUUGGCUAAAGCUGCCCCGGAACUGAAGCAAUGCGUGGCGUCGUGCAAACACAUCGCCGAAACGACAAAGCAGCACAACAUCUUUCAAAAUGAGAAUGAAGAGUGGUUCCUGGUCGCCAGGGUAAUCGACCGGGUCUGCUUUAUCAUCAUGGCUCUGCUCUUCUUCAUCGGCACCAUAGGUGUCUUCUUGAUGGGUCACUUCAACCAGCCUCCUUCCUCUCCUUUUCUGGGAGACCCCAAGAAGUAUCUCCCUGUGAUGAACAAUCUCACUGACAGCAGGGCUGGCGUAGAUCCCUUGGGAUGAAUGGCAUCUUCAUGUUUGUUGAAUCCUGUGUGUCACUUCUGGUGGGUCAACUCCAGGUUUGACUGACGUAUCACAAACUGUGUAUAACUGUAAAAAAAAUAAAUACAAAUAAACAUACUGUACAUAGAUAUGUGACCAACAGCAGUGAACAUUCGUGUCAAUUGCAAACUUGCUGUAUUAUUUA